AUGUCUUCAGUUCGACACCUCAAAGCUUUUAUCAGCCAGCGACUAACUGCUGCCGCCGAAGAAAUAUUCUCAGAGUUUGAAAAAACCAUCGUCCAGUACGAAGAAGAGAUCGAUCGUCAGCGCAGACUGCUGGAUAUUACCUGGAAACCCAAAAUAACCCUGAACGCCAUAGCCUUUAUCAUGCAAAACUUGGGUGCUCGUGCUGAACAGAACCACUCCGGGUGGUCAGACGCCUUGGCUGGUGGGGUGUAA